AUGAAUUACACAAGUUAUAUCUUAGCUUUUCAGCUUUGCAUGAUUUUGGGUUUUUCUAGCUACCUCAGCCAGGCCACAUCUACUAAAGAAAUAGAAAACCUAAAAGAAUAUUUUAAUGCAAGUAAGCCAGAUGUAGCAGAUGGUGAAUCUCUCUUCUCAGACAUUUGGAAGAAUUGGAAAGAGGAGAGUGACAGAAAAAUAUUCCAGAGCCAAAUUGUCUCCUUCUACUUCAAACUCUUUGACUUCUUAAAAGAUAACCAGAGUAUUCAAAGUAGCGUUGACGUUAUCAAGGAAGACAUGCGUGUUAAGUUCUUCAACAGCAGCAAUAGCAAAAUGGAAGCCUUCAAGAAGCUGAUUCAAAUUCCGGUAAAUGAUCUGAUGGUCCAGCGCAAAGCAAUACAUGAACUCAUCAGAGUGAUGAGUGAACUGGCACCAAGAUCUACCCUGAGGAAGCGGAAGAGGAGUCCGAAGCUGUUUCAUGCCCGGAGUGCAUCAAAAUAA